UAAAAUGGGUCAGAAUAAGAAAGCAACUAAAAGGAAGAAGAAUGUGGAAGAAAGUGCGGUAGAGUUUGUGUGUACAAUAGAACCUGAGCUGCAAUCUGAACGACAACAUUUAGAGGAUACUGAGCAUCAAUCUGAAGAGCUUCAGAAUCAUGAGGAAUCUGAACUGCCUGCGACUCAGAAUGAUAUAGAAGACGAAAAGUCUGUUGCUGAAAAUGCUGACGAAGGUAUAAAUGAUAAUCCAGUGGAUGACACUGAGUCUGAAUUGCCUGUUGCUGAUAAUGAGCAGGAAACACAUCAGACUAAUCGUAAGAAAAAGCGAGGACCUAUCAGAAUGAAAUACAUUGCAAAGGAUCCAAAUACACGGGAGAAAGUUGAGUACAAUGAGAUGGGAGAAGCUUAUGGUCGUGGGUCAGUGAAGCUGGCAUCCUAUGUAGGAUGUUUUGUCCGGGAACAUGUUCCAGUAUUAGUUGAUGAUUGGAGGAUGGUUAGUGCAGACCUGAAGACAGUUCUCUGGAAAUCCAUUCAGGCUAGGUUUGAACUUGAUGAAGAGUAUCAAAAGACUUCUAUGAUGAGCCAGAUGGGAUGUUUGUGGAGGUGCUUUAAAUCACGUCUUGUAACUAAGAUCAGAAAACCUCCUAAUAACCAAGCCAGGAUGAAUAUGCGACCGAAGAAUAUCCCGAUUAAUGAUUGGCGCAAAUUUAUCAUAUUGAAGACUAGCAACAACUUUAAGGUUGUUAAUGAUAAUUCAAGGAACGAAGGCGUAAACAGAUUCCUCACACUUGCAGCCGUAAAGGAAUGAAAAAGGAAUGCCCUGAACCAUCGAAGGUCACAAGGCUGAAAGUUUGGGUAAAGUCAAAGAACCAAAAUAGAUGGAAUGCCGGUUAAUAUUGUCGCCGCUGAAAAGAUUAGAAAGGCAGCUGAGUUGGAGAGUGUUCCUCAUUCAACAACAACAAAUCCAAAGUCAGAUGGUCUUUCACAAUUGUUAGGAGCUGAUAAUCCUGGUCGGUUAAGUGCAAUGGGCAGAGGGAUGAGUAUGAAAAAACUGUCUUUAUUCCAAGUCAACAGUAAGUGUAUGGCUGAAAUGAAAGAAAAGCAAGUUAGUUUACAAAGAAAAGUAGAUGACUUAUAAGCUGUCAUUGAACAUUUGAAGAGAGAGAACCUGAGGUCGGGGAAAAUUCAGCUGCAAGGG